UUCGCGAGAAAAACGCAGUAAUCGUCAAGGUCGACAAGUUGCAAAUUUUGGUCCGCGAAGGCUAGAGGGAAGAAUCAAGAAAUGAUUGUUCAAUAAAGAAAAUGCAAUCAAUGCAAAUGUCUCUUUAAGAAGCAGUCUUAUACAGUCUUUCAGUGUUGGAUUCCUCCAAAAUUACAGAAAGUGAGGUCUCUUCAUACUUCCAAUUAGAGUUCUGACUCAUUCUAGUUCUUUAUUUCUUUUACUUACCUUUUUCUUCCUUCGGUUCUUGGUCCUUCUUCUUAUUUUUCGCCAGUAUUAGUACUUUUUGGUUCGAACUUUAUUAACACUCAGCGCUUCAGCAACUUCCAGGGAUGCACUUCAGAACAUCGAUGCCUUUGUAUCGAUUCCGUAAAAGUCAUCCCUGAAAAAAUGCUUGUCAUAAAGAAAAAAGCACAUGAAGAAAACGAUUCAGAUCCUACAUAUGAGGCUGAGAUUUAAUUAAUUUUUUAGUUCAAUAAAAAAGGGAAAGAAAAUACUUGUAAGUACACUAUUGUCGAGCCUUUCAGUCAUUUGUUUCAGCUUAAUUCCCAGCCAGAAGCGAGCAGCUGGUGAAACAAAUUCAAAAAAAAGAGAAGAGAGAUAAUACAUAAAAUGAAUGACAAGCAAAACGAUGACUUUGAGCGCGCUCUGGCGGUGCUCACAAGCCAGGUCGACGUGUCGAUGGUUCCGCCACGGAGUGAGCCCAAGGUCGAGCCGGUGAAUGGGAUCGUGCAGCCGGCGGUGAUGCCGCCGCCCCAUCGCAAGGGAAGGAACACCAAUCUGCUGUUGAAGCUAAGGACCGCGGUGAACGUGAUGUUGCGCGACAAGUCCUCCGUCCACUUUCGACAUCCCGUGAACGCCGUGAAGCAAGGCAUAUAUGACUACCACGAAAAGAUCCAUAGGCCCAUGGAUCUGAACACCAUCAAGAAGCGGCUGGAGUACUCGUACUACUGGUGGGGGGCGGAUCUUCUGGAAGACAUCAGAUUAAUUUUCGAUAACUGCAAGACCUACAACAGUCCGGAUUCGCCCGUCUUCCGGGACGCCGUCACCCUGUGCGAGCUAUUCUGGUUGCGCAUGGAGAAGCUGCAACCGGAACUGCAUACCGAGAUAAAGGUGGAACCCAAGCCGAAGCGCCAGCUAAAGGCUGCCUGUCGAAAGCCUCCGGUUGCAAGGGUCCCGGUCCAGACCGUGAUUAAGGUGGAACCGAAGCCCGAGGAGCCGCAAAGGGCUGCCAGUGCAAGGCCUCCUCCGCCAGUGCAAUUGCAGGAAAUUCCAUGUCCGGUGCGGCCAGUCCAGGCCAAUCGGCCAGGUCCGUGUCGGCCAUCGCGGGCACAGAUCAGGUCCGUCGCAGCUUCCCAUCGUGGCCGUGGUCGCCCUCCGAUUCAGCGAGCCGUGGUUACAGCCAAGCCUGCGAGAUUUUAUGCUAAGCCGGAAACUAUAGCCGUUCUUCCAAACAAAAAAACUGUUAAAAAUUGCGGAAUCACAAUGAAAGUUGAACCGAUUGACGAAAUGCCAAAGCGACAGGGAUUGGGGGUUGACCUGACUCCUUUAGAUCACGAGAUCGAGCGCCGCCACAGCCAGAGCUUGCUCCGGUUUCUCCGUGCGAAGCGGGACUCUUGGCCAUUCAACGACUCGCAGUAUUGGGCAAAGUUUGGAGAAGAUCCAGACUAUGACCACGACGAAGAGCGCCUUGAUUGGGGCAUUUUGGAGACGCUGGUGUCGGGGAAGCAGUUCGAGGGCUUCGACUGGUUCCUGAGCAAGAUUCACCGGAUGCUGGAGAACGCAAUGUCUUGCUUUGUCUUCAACCCGUCGGUCCGCACAUCGACCCAAAGGAUCCACGCAACUGUUGACAAGGUGAUACCCCAAUAUAUGGAACGGAUGACUGGCGCAAAGGAGAGGGCUCAUGAGGGGGUGCGUGCGAAACUUGAAACCAUGACCCCAUUUCAAAAAGCUAACCUCUUCAAAUAAUAACCAAAUUAUGCUUUGAUUGUUCAUCACGUUAACAAAUAUUCAAGUGCAGAAAAACAA